AAAAAUACUAUCCUCUCUUCUUCUCAUUGACAGUCUGCUCCUGUGACACUCGCAGUAUAGUGGUGCGGGCAGCAGGAAUGCAAAGAUGGCUACAGAUCUGGGAGAGCUCUUGGUCCCGUACAUGCCAACCAUAAGAGUUCCGAGAUCCGGAGACAGGGUUUACAAGAGUGAAUGCGCGUUUUCCUACGAUUCUCCAGAAUCUGAAGGUGGGAUGUAUGUGUGUAUGAACACAUUCCUGGGCUUUGGAAGAGAGCAUGUGGAGAGACAUUACCGUAAAACUGGACAGAGUGUAUACAUGCACUUAAAACGUCACGUGAAAGAGAAAGCCACAGGUGCUGCAGGAGGUGCCAUGCCAAGGAGACGGAACGGAAAAGUAUUUUUAGAUUUAGAACUUAACCGUGAUUUUAACGGCGAUGAUUAUGAGUAUGAAGAUGAAGCCAAGCUUGUCAUAUUCCCAGACCACUAUGAGAUCCCUUUACCAAAUAUUGAGGAGUUGCCUGCACUGGUGACUAUUGCUUGCGAUGCUGUACUUAACGCUGGAUCUGCAUACAAAAAGCAAGAGGCGGAUUCCUGGGAGGAUGAGCUUCAGGUGUCCAAACAUGCUAGAAGUCUCAGACAACAUGACAGUGGGGUUCGAAUUCCCCCCAGUGGCUGGAAGUGUGCCAAGUGUGAAAUGAGAGAGAACCUAUGGCUGAACCUGAUGGAUGGCACUGUCCUCUGUGGGAAAUGGUUCUUUGAUGGAAGUGGAGGGAACGGACAUGCCCUUGAACACUACAGAGAAACCAACUUCCCUCUGGCUGUCAAACUGGACACCAUCACCCCAGAUGGAGCAGAUGUUUAUUCCUUUGAUGAAGAAGAGGCAGUACUUGACCCCUACAUAGCAGAACACUUGUCACACUUUGGAAUAGACAUGCUGAAGAUGCACAGGACCGAGAACGGCAACCACACGGACAACCAUGUGCAGACCCGAGCCAGUGAGUGGGAGGUCAUCCAGGAGUCAGGUCUAAAGCUGAAGGCAGUCUAUGGAUCAGGGUUUACAGGCAUCAGAAACCUGGGAAACAGCUGCUACCUCAGCACCACUAUGCAAGUCGUCUUCAGCAUUGCAGAAUUCCAGAGAGCGUAUGUGGGGAAUCUACAGAGAAUAUUUGACUAUUCACCGCUUGAUCCUACCCAAGACUUCAGUACACAGAUGGCAAAACUGGGUCAUGGACUUCUUUCAGGCCUGUAUUCCAAACCUCCAAUCAAAUCAGAACUCAUUGAACAGGUGAUGAAAGAAGAAUACAAGCAGCAGCACAAAGCAAUUUCUCCGAGGAUGUUCAAGGCUCUGGUCAGCAAAGGCCACCCAGAAUUCUCCUCCAACAGACAGCAGGACGUCCAAGAAUUUUUCCUGCAUUUUAUCAACAUGGUAGAGAGGAACAGUACUGGAUCAGAGAACCCCAGCGAUGUGUUUCGUUUCAUCAUAGAGGAGCGUAUCCAGUGUUGUCAAUCACAGAAGGUGCGCUACUCUCAGAGAGUGGACUACCUCAUGCAGCUUCCUGUACCUGUGGAGGCUGCCACCAACAGAGAGGAGAUGAUUGCAUACGAGAUUAAGAGGAAGGAUGCAGAGGAGAACAUGCGAGCUCCCCCAGAGCCAGUGAGGGCCCAUGUCCCCUUCACUGCUUGUCUGCAGGCGUUCGCAGAACCAGAGAAUGUUCCGGAGUUCUGGAGCCCCGCACUGCAGGCCAAAUCGGCUGGAGUGAAGACUUCACGAUUUGCAUCCUUCCCUGACUAUAUGGUCCUGCAGCUCAAAAAAUUCACAUUUGGACUGGACUGGGUUCCAAAGAAGUUAGAUGUUUCUGUAGAUGUGCCUGAUUUUUUGGACUUGAAUCGGUUCCGAUCCAUUGGGCUACAAGCAGGAGAAGAAGAACUGCCUGACCUCAUGCCUCCUAUUGUCAUUCCUGAGGACACAAGAGACAGCUCGAUGAAUAAUUCUUUGGAAUCUCCAGAAAUAGACGAAUCCUCCGUGAUGCAGUUGGCGGAGAUGGGCUUUCCCCUGGAGGCGUGCCGAAAGGCAGUGUACUACACCGGGAACAUGGGAGCUGAAAUGGCCUUUAAUUGGAUCAUCGCUCACAUGGAGGAGCCAGACUUCGCUGAACCUCUUGCAAUUCCGGCAUACAUGGAGCCCGAUCUGCCCAGUUCCAGCCUGGCCACUGCCAGUCCUCUGGACAAUCAGCCCCCAGAGGAGAGCGUCGCCAUCCUCACCUCCAUGGGCUUCCCCAGACACCACAGCAUCCGUGCCCUGAAAGCCAUGAAUAAUAACUUGGAACGGGCACUGGACUGGAUCUUCACUCACCCAGAGAGUGAGGAGGAGAGUGCGGGCAUAUCUGACAUGAUUGACAGUGAGCCCAAAGACACUAGUUUCUCCAACACCAAUACACACAGUGACUCCAUGCUGUCCCCAGACCAGGGCCUGUCCAGCCCCCGUGUCCGAGAUGGCCCUGGACGAUAUGAACUAUUUGCCUUCAUAAGCCACAUGGGAACAUCUACAAUGUCUGGUCAUUAUGUAUGUCAUAUCAAAAAAGAAGGAAGAUGGGUGAUUUACAACGAUCAUAAAGUAUGUUUGUCAGAAAGACCCCCAAAAGACUUGGGCUACAUGUAUUUUUAUCGACGCCUGUCCAGCUGUUAGAGCUGGACAUUCCAACUUUACAGCAGCACAGCCUAUCAGACUUGGAGGAGGAAGACACAGCUGGCUGCUAGAGUGCUGAGGCAGGAGAGAGACCCUCUCAACCCCCAGCUCAAAGGCUCACCCACUACCGGCAUGGUCGAAAAGGGCAGUGAAAUGUGUUUGUUCGGCCUGCGUGCUUGUUUAUCUGUUUACUGUUGAUUUGUUAAAAGUAAUGUAUGUUCUGUAACAAAGGUACAGAGAGAUGUGUGCAAUUUUGUAGUAUGCAUAUUAUUGUCCUAAUAAUAUAUAUAUUCACAAAUUUUUUUUUUCUCUUGUAAUGCAUUGAGUUACUGUGCCAGUAUUUUUCAAGAGGUACAUUUUAAAAUUUAUUUUGAAAAUGCAAAUAUGUGCCUGGAAAUGGAAGUAUUGCUACUGCCAAACCAGAAAACUGCUGUAAAUGCAGUUCAUUCUAUAUCCUUUAAUUUUUGGGAUGAGCACUGGAACACCUUACUAUGUACUUUUAAGGUAUGCACAAAGAAACAAAACCAGUCAAGGUACUGAGGUUCCUACGAACUUGGGGGAACUUCAUGGAAAAAAGGAGUGUAAUGAUGGUACCCAAAUCACAAAUGACUAAUAUGAUAGUCAUAGAAGAAAUGUCAAAUAUGGAAACGUCUACUUUGUUUCAUUGUAGGGUUGAAAUAAUGAGCUGGAACAGUCCUGACAUAUUCUUGAUAUUUUGAAUAAUUGAGACAGAUUUAUAUUUUAUCUUGAAAAGCAUUAGCACAAAGGUAAUUGAGUCAUGUAGAGUUUAAUCUUGGUCAGCGUUAUUCGAUAGGUAAACAUGCCAACGAUUUUGUUGAGCAAUAGUAAAGUGCUAUACUCUCAUGACCUCUUCAAGUUUGUCUGACUGGACAGUCACUAUAGCUUUUCCCCUAUCUCAUUUGACCCUUUCUUAUUACAAAGGCAUUACCAAACUGUUUUGUAACCAGUAACUAAGCAAUAUGUAGUGGUAAGUGGAUCUGUAUUUCUGUCAUCAUAUGCAGGUGUCUUCUACAAAACUCACAUGUCAGUCUACAGGUACUACAGGGCUGUGCACAUUGAAUGUACUGUUUAUGGUGCUCAGUAAUACCAAAUCUCUCAUCAAUUUGCUGUUUUGUGCCACUUUUUCUGGUCACUUCCCCAUGUUUUUUAUUAAAGCAUAGAAUAAGAUACAGACUCCAGUUAAUCAACUACAAUACUGGCUUUAAAUACUUUAGUAAUGAAGGAUUUGUACUAUUAAUACGUAAAGACUUUAGCACAUAAUUUAAACUAAACAACAUUAAAAAAAAAAUUUUUAAAAUAAAAAAAUCUUUUCUUUCUUUCUCUUCCUCUCUGUCCGCUCACUCAAAGAUGGCUUGAGAGCUGAAGGAUGUCGCGUCACAAGCUCGUCAGCUCUGUGUUUCCCCCUCGUCUGUCCAUUUCCCUUUGUGAAGGGUGAUGCACCUACCGCCUUCUAUAACAUGCCUUGACGUUCUCUGCACUAAAACUCAGAAACUAGUCAUUUUGUGUUUUUAAAUGUAUAGUUGAUCUUUCAUGAUUUAUCCAUUUUGUCAUGUUUUUCUAGGUACUGAAUGUCAAAUGAUGCAAGAUUUUUAUUUGUUCCUUUUGCAAAAAAGUGUGCCGACUCAUACAGACAUUAUAAUGAUUUACACAGCUUGUCUAAAUUUUUUAAUGGCUCUUCCUAUCCAAAUAAUACUUCGGACAAACCAUUAUUAAGGUAAAUGUGGGUGUGUUCACAGUCAAGGACUGUCCAGUCGUACACCUGAUUCAUGUUUGAAUUAUUCAAUAAACCACAUAAUUGUU